AUUAUACGUCGCAUUAUUUCAUAUCAUCUCACGCGGCCUUUUCAACCAAACCAAGUCCCUAUUAUUUCAGCGCAAGUUUAUAUAAGGAUCGACGAUAUGUAAGUUUUCCCAGUUCUUUAUUUCCAAGGAUAUAUAGAUGAACUAAGCAUAAAGAUUCUUCAUUUUCUUCUCUCAAAACUUGAAAUCCUUGUUAUCUAUCUUGUGUUCAAAAUUUCCCACACCCAAUUCCCACAUUAUUUUGAAUGGAUGGGCACGUAGCUUUAGGGUUUGGAUUCAUAAUAGUUGGUUUGUGGCACCUCUUUAACCACAUCAAGCUUCACGCUAUCAGCCCCAUGUCUUACAAUUACUGUACAACUUUCUGGUUUCCCACCCGAAAGUUCAAAUACUUAGAACUUAUCUUCAUCAUGGUUAGCAGCUCAAUCUUCAUAGCCAUGGAACUUUUUAUCUCUCCUUCUCAUCACCAACCAUUCGACCCAGACGGAAGCAUCCCUUCCACACACCUUCACAACUUGGAACAUUCAUCUAUGUCCCUAACCUUCUUCAUCUAUGCUUCAUUCGCCAUAGCUUUAGAUCUCACUUCCUCUAAAGCACAGAGAGAACUAACCCAAUUGUUAGCAGCCAUAGCUUUUGCUCAGCAACUGUUUCUCAUUCACUUUCACACUUCUGAUCACAAUGGACCAGAAGGCCAAUACCACCUCCUGGCUCAGUUUCUGGUUCUUGUUUCUUUGACCACAACGCUUAUAGGAAUUGGCUUGCCAAGCAGUUUCUUAGUUAGCUUCUUGAGAUCGGUUAGUAUAAUGUUCCAAGGUGUGUGGCUUAUGGUCAUGGGUUUUGUGCUUUGGACUCCUGGGUUGAUUCCUAAAGGCUGUUUUAUGAACCCAGAGGAAGGCCACGUUGUGGUGAGAUGUUCUAAUGAAGAGGCACUUCGAAGAGCUCUUUCGCUUGUUAAUAUUCAGUUCAGCUGGUUCUUUAUUGGGGUUGCCGUUUUUGCUGUGUCGUUUUAUAUGGUUCUGGUCAAGUAUUACCAAGGCAAGCUGGCAUACGGCCGUUUAGCGGUUGAUCCACCCAAUGACGACAUUGAGUUUCAAAAGAAAAGCAUACAACUUGUUGGUAAUGUGGUUACUCAUUAAACUGGUGAAUUCCAUAUGUGCAUGUGCUUGUAUAGACCAUUCAAUUCGUUUAAAUAAUUUAUUACACCUAUUUUGUUAUUUAAAUAAAUAUAUAUACAUGUGUGUGUGUGUGUGUUGCGAUAGUGAUAGACUGAUAGUACGUUAUCUUUUUUGUUUUGUUGUUGUUUAGGUUCAGAUAAUAGCACGCUAUCAAAUGGGUAGUGAAUUUUCAAUAUUUUAAAA